CAAACAAACCAUCCACACCACAUGCACCACAAACAAAAAACAAAGCGAUAUCUCCAAAGCGUACGUACGAACCACCUCAAACACCGCCAUGGGAGUAGAACUCAGCGAAGCUUUUAUCCAGGCUCCAGAACACAGAUCCAACACUCACCUCACUGACUCCGUGGUUGCUUUCAUUUCCCCCGACGAGAUCCCGACCAUCGACCUCUCUUCUCUUAGAGAUCCCGAUCAUGACAAGACGGCCAUCGCCAAGGAGAUUGCAGAUGCAUGCAAGAAGUGGGGAUUUUUUCAGGUGGUCAACCACGGCUUGCCUUCGGAGUUAAGGCGUCGUGUCGAUGAUGCAGCUGCUGAGUUUUUCAAACUAACGACGGAGGAGAAGAGGAAAGUGAAAAGAGACGAAGUCAAUCCUAUGGGUUAUCACGACGAGGAACACACCAAGAACGUUCGAGAUUGGAAAGAGAUUUUCGAUUUCUUCUUGCAGGAUUCGACGAUAGCUCCGGCGACGACGGAUCCGAACGAUACCGAGCUCAGAAAGCUCACGAACCAGUGGCCUCAAAACCCUUCUCAUUUCAGAGAGGUAUGCCAAGAAUAUGCAAGAGAAGUUGAGAAGUUAGCUUUUGGGCUCUUGGAACUUAUCUCCAUUAGUUUGGGUCUACCUGGUGAUCGCUUAAACGGUUACUUCAAUGACCAAACUAGUUUUGUGCGGUUUAACCAUUACCCACCUUGUCCCAACCCUGACCUAGCGUUAGGUGUUGGACGCCACAAAGACGCAGGAGCAAUAACGGUCCUGGCUCAAGAUAGUGUAGGUGGAUUACAAGUGAGUCGUAGAUCCGAUGGAAAAUGGCUCCCAGUGACACCGAACCCGGAUGCUUUGAUCAUUAACAUUGGCAACUGUAUUCAGGUUUGGACAAAUGAUAAGUAUUGGAGUGCAGAGCACAGAGUGGUAGUGAACUCAAGCAAAGAGAGGUUCUCAAUACCAUUCUUCUUUUUCCCGUCGCAUGAAGUCAACAUCGAACCAUUGGAAGAGCUUCUAAGUGAAGAGAACCCGCCUUGUUACAAAAAAUACAACUGGGGAAAGUUCUUUGUUUCAAGAAACAGAAGUGACUACAAGAAGCUCCAGGUUGAGAACAUCCAGAUUGAUCACUUCAAGGCUUAGUAUAGUUACCCUUAUAUAUCUUAGCCUUAUGUUGACUUCCCGUGGUUAUAAAUAAAUGGUUAAUCAAGUUCUGAUUUUUUUUGUUUUUUCUUUAAAACAAAUAUGUAUGCAGUUUCUCUUCCUAAAUAAAUGUUUUCCAAUUUGUAAUCGAGAUUUUAUAUGUUUAAGAUUAAAUAGGGAUUAUUUUAAAA